AUGACCCUGUACAACUAUGCAGUCGGAGGCAGUAGUUGUUCCAAUACAAUCACUCCCAGUAACCUGACCUAUCCAAGAACCCGGGUCCAAGGGCCCACGUUCCCUUCUGUUCUCGAGUAUGCGAUCCCAGCCUUUGAAGCCGAUCAAGCGACUACCCGAAUCAAUACCAGCGAAGCCUACUUCCAACCAGCACUAACGCCAUCGGAUUCCGUAUUUGUCAUGUGGAUUGGAACGAACGAUCUUAGAACUGGUGCCUCAUUUCUGACCGACAGUCAAGCGCGUGGCAAGACCAUUUCUGACUUCACCGACUGCGUCUAUGCGGCGUUGGACAGACUUUAUGCUGCAGGCGCCAGAACAUUUGUCCUCAUGAAUACCGCCCCCUUGCACUUGGCCCCGCAGUUUGCAAACAAGACUCUCGACGACCAAGGCACAGGCAAUGUCACGGCAAUGGCGGAAAAGAUGCACCAACUCACCACAUCGAUCAACAGCAUCUUCAAGUACCAAACGCCGUACGAAUUCAGGGUCUCGAACCGAUACCCUCUCGCCCGCGUCGCAUUGUUUGAUGUGUGGAGUUUGUUCCACGUAAUAUACUUCCAUCCCGACAAUUACUUCAACGGGACAGACCCGGCGGAUGUGACGGGCUGUGUGAGGUGGUCGAAGAAUAAGGCGAGUCCGGAUAGCUUCAUGUGGCAGGACGAUAUCCAUCCCAGCGAGCAGACGGAUCGGAUUAUCGCGGAGAAUUUUGUACAAGUCUUGAAUGGAUCGUCCAAGUAUGCUCAGUAUUGGUGA